CUAACAUAAGGGUAGAUAACUCUUUAAAUUUAAAAAUGGCGAUUCGGUAUUUUCAAAAACUUCGCACAUUUCCCUGUGGUUUGUUUGUAUUUUCUGCCUGCGUUCACAUGAAAUAGUGUUGUAGAAUCAAAACCAUUAUAAAGAAUGCCACCAAUCAUAGAGUCCCACAUGGGGAUGCCGGGAGGAGCCCCAGGCGGGGGCACAAUUCCCCUGGCCACCCUCAUAGACUACAUAGUACAGAGGACCUACCACGAAUUAACAGUGUUGUCAGAGCUACUUCCCCGUAAGACAGACAUGGAGAGGAAGGUGGAAAUUGUCCAGUUUGCCAGUCGAACCAGACAGCUGUUUAUUCGGUUACUAGCUCUGGUCAAGUGGGCCAGCAGCGCCACCAAAGUGGACAAGUGCUCUGAGAUUUGUAAUUUUCUUGAGCAGCAGUCCAUGUGGUUCGUAGAGACGGCAGACAUGUUAGCCAAAAUGGCCAGAGAGACUCUAGUUAACGCAAGACUGCCCACUUUCUCUCUGCCCUGCGCUAUUGAUGUGUUGACCCUGGGUACCUACCCCAGGCUGCCUUCCUGUAUCAGGGAUAAGAUUGUACCCCCGGAUGCCAUCACCCCGGCAGAGAAAAGACAGACCCUGCAGAGGCUGACCCAGGUCAUUCAGUACAGGCUAGUGGUCACAGAUCUCCCCGCUCAGAUGAGGAAACUCAAAGUCGAGAAUGGAAGAGUGAAGUUUAAUGUUGAACACGAGUUCGAGGUGACCUUGACCUUAAUGGGAGACAGUCCCAAGAUUCCAUGGAGAUUACUGGAUAUUAAUCUCCUAGUGGAGGAUCCUGAAACUGGGGAUGGGAAGUCCUUAGUCCACUCUCUACAGAUAAACUACAUCCAUCAGCUUGUCCAGUCACGCUUAAUGGACAACGAGCGACCUCUACAUGACCUUUACAGAAUUUUACAUUCCUUUUGUCUGUCCUUACAACUUGAGGUCCUGCACUCUCAGACACAACGACUGAUUAAAGACCGAAUGGGGGAUAGUAUAUAUGUGGAGAAAUACGAUAUCGGGAAGUGUUUGUCUCUCUCCUACUGGAGAGAUCCGGGUCGAAGAGACAAAUCGCAGGAGUCAUUAUUGUUCCGUUUGAGUGUCCAUGUGGCUGAGGACGAUGACGGGAAACCCCUACAGAUCAGUCACUUCCCGUCCAUGUCAGCGGAGGAGAGUAGCAGGGUGGGGCUGGCCAUCAAGAGCAACCACCUGUCCAUGGAGAGAUUACUGAUUCAGACCAUCGAAGUCCGGGCACUCGCCAAGUUAAAGGACCUUGCUAAGGAUCUUCAGAAGUUCACAGAAGGAACUUGUGAGAUUCGAGACCUGCCUGUGGCCCUUCAUGUACCUCUGCUGGAGCCCAGUAUGGACUCGGAGAAGCUGAGGGUGAUGGUGGACAGUCAGAGAGGGACCCUGUUGGCCUCUGUACCAGCUGCUAAAGAUUUACAAGAGGUAGAAGAUUUAGAGGAUGCAUUGAAUGGAGACAGGAAAACUCUGGACAGACUAAUCAGAAAUCUAAGGUUACGUUUGUGUGUAAUGAGGUGUGAGAAGUCUGCUCAGUACCUGCCCACCACCUGUCAGAAGCACCUCCCAUUCAUCAACCUGACCAAUCACCCACUGGAAAAAAUCAGCAAGUCCCGCCUCUACAUCAGAGCCCCCAAGCAGUCGGCAUUCUAUCUGGUUGUGGAGCUGGUUGAAGGAGACACCACAGUGGACUACAAGUAUUAUCUCCUGGACACCACACUCUGCACCGCCGAUGGCUCGGAGAUCGAUAUCAGCGAGGACCCUUGUUCCAAACUCUAUCUGAAGGCCGGACGACUCAUACCACUGGACGUCUUCUCCUUCAUACACGGCCCAUUCACCAAAAUAUACGAAGAACAGGAACAGAGUAAUACAGAAAGCAAAAGAAGAAAGAGAAAGAUAAUGCUUGGAGAACUGAGAGAGCCCCCAGUGAAGAAAACUAAAGGUCAUCCUUACUUUAUCCCUGAGCUGGCCUACAUUCUAGCCAGCUGUGAAGAGAGGAUUCCAUUGGUCAACUUAGGACUGGAGUUUGAGAAGAAUGGGGUAGUUCACUCUGGGGUGCAGGCAGACUGCGAGGGAUCCUGUUUCUGUCUUUCUCUGCUUGGAAUGCCUGAAGUGGAGGGUUUGAGUCAGGAGAUGUGUGCUAAGGUGAAAAAACUGCUGCUGUCUUUGAAAGUCAGGAUCCUCAGUAAACCAAUGAGAAAUUGGAUUGUAGAGUUCCUAUUCUCCAAGCCACCAUUAGAAAGUUCAAACAGAAAAGAACAGGGCCCUGUCCAAAGAGUCCACAUCAUGAUCGAGCUAAAUAUAGAUAACCUUAAGAAAGUGGUGAAGGACAUCCUGGAUGAGUGGGCGGGCAUCUGUCACCUAUAUAACAUUGUUCACGACUUCGCUGAAAUGUACACAGAUCCCAGGACAGAACUCGGAUCAACAGUGGAUGUUUAUGCCUAUGACUAUCGUAAACUGUCAAUGUUAUAUGGACCAAAUAGAACUAGUCUGAUUAACAUCCAGUGGAAGGGCGAUGCUAAACAGUUCAAUGUGUCGUUAGGAACUGUAGGUAGUUCCACAACCAUCAACCCUCACACAAUACUGCUGUCUCAAUACCAGAGGGAACUCAACCACUCGCGUUCACUGGCCCAGAUCUGUCAGGUUCUGCACGAGACCUGGGCCCCGAUGACAUCCAUCAACAAGCUGAACAUGUCUCUGGUACAGGCCGCGGCUACUAAUGUGAAGCAGCCGAUGCAGAGUUUUACAGUGAUUCCACAGUCCACUACCCACGUCCGCAUAGCCUACAGGAACAUUUCGUGUAUAGAUGUCCAUUUCCGUAGUAACAAGAUUGUUUCCGUUAGAGACGGGGCGUACAGUUUAUUUGACAACAGUAAAGCUGUGGAUGGAUUUAGUCCCACCUCUAUGUUCAAGCAUUUCCUGAACAAAUACGUGGAUGAUGCGAUAACUGGCCGGCACACUCACCGGAUGUCUACUACAGAGGAUGACAAUCCGCCCUCACCAAUGGAUUCUAUCGACAUCUUCAGCCUGUCAUCCCAGCCACCCUCUACCGGUUCCCCCGCCUCCCGACAGAGAGAGACGGGCCUCAGGUUCCCCAUGACUCCGCCUUCCAACCCCCACACUCCUGCCUCUCCCAGUGCUGCGAGGAUGUCUGGGGUGACUCCCUCUCCCUCCACUGCCCUGAUUGGCACUCCCUCCCCUGGAACUCUUCUGAACGUGGGGUCCCCCGGGAACCCCCAGCUUCACGUUCCGUCCCCAGGAUCCAGUGCAUUCGUACCGGCCCCUUCACCGCAGUCUCUCGGGAUACACAUGCAGAGUCCAGCGUCUGGAUUCAUGGGACCUCAAGGUUUAGAUGUUGGAUCUCCUUUCACCAGUGCUAGUCUUGCCAUGCCAUCACCGGUACAGAGAAACUGGCCAAACUCGCCCUCAGUGGCAGGUCCAUCUCCUGCUUCCAGACAUACAGCCCACUCACCGGGUAACCCAGCACUACACUCCCCCCAGACACAGGUGAAGGAUGGAGACCACAGCAAAUCUACAGAGGUUCUCUCUAAACAUUUUGGAAACAAUGGAGAUGAUUUUCAAUUUUUGUUAAGUCACACCACACGUAUGCUGCCACAGCGAGCCUGGGCCGCCUCCAUACCGACCCUGCUGUCACAUGAUGCAUUCGACACCCUCCUGACCCCUAAUCGACCGCAGUCCAUGCCAUAUGCAGUGUCUUUAUCUCCCCUGGAGAGAUUCCUAGGCAGUGUGUUCCUUAGGAGGAAUUUACCAAGGCUGAUUCAGUCCGAGUCUCUGACCCCGUUACGGUCCACGGAUCCCAACAUCAUCUCAUUUAAAGUGGAGACGUUACAGUUUCAUGUUUCCUUCAGUAACAACCUACAGAGUCUGCACAUGAAUGUCCAGUCAGUACCAGAACACAGAGAUCAGUGGAGUAUGGAGGUAUUGAACAUCAUCCAACAGUACUUUGAUUCUAAGGUUGCCUGCCCUCCGUACAAAGUAAACGCCCUGAGAGCUUUCUGCAGAAUACUGGAGACCCCCAUCAGGAUUCUCAAAGACUGUGUCCAGCUCAUGAGAUUAGAACUGAUGGGUCCUAACCAGUCCAGUGGGAUGAAGUGGUCCAUGCAGUGGUGCCUGACCGUGCCACCACAUGCGGCGUUUGUGGCACCUGCAGGAACAGCUGCAGUGGCAAAAAACAAACAGAUCAAGAUGUUACUCAUGCUACAGUUCACCCGUGUUGUUACCCCACCCCCCACGGGCCAGGACCCACAGUCCAUCAUUGUGCCCCUGCUAUACGACAUCAGUGCCAACACUAUACAGCACAUGGAGCCCGUUAGGGGACAACCCCAGACCCCCGCCUUCAUGGCCAUCUCUCAGCUCUUACAGAACUUCUACCACCCUCAGAGUGCGGAGUGCAUCCUGUUCCCAGCUGUUCAGCACAUCAUGGCUAACCUAAACUUAUGAUACGACACAGAAAAUAUUGAUGUAUCAUACUAUCAUGGCUAAACCUAACUUAUGAUGUGACGCAGAAAUUCUGGACAUACAGUGCAGCUUAUCAUGACAGGACUACUGCGUGAUGCUGCCACUCCAUGGUUGAUUCCACACUUCAUUGCUGAUCUUAACGGAUAUCAUAUUUAUAUAUAUUUUGGAGUUACUGAUGAAUGUGUUAUGGCUGAUUAGUGUGUGCAUGUCAUCAUCUGAUGAUUCUUGGGUACACAGCGAGACUGAUUCCUCUGGUCAUGCGAGUUUUAAUACAAUCAUACUGUAUAUAUAUACCUGUUUAUCAGGUAUGUUUGGCUUGUAGGAAACAUUGUAUUUUUUUAAGGCAGAUGACAAACAUUUGUCAGAAAGUUAAAGCACCAGUUCUUUCACAAUAGCAUUGAAUGAGAAUCUGUCUACAAAUAAAAACAUCAAUAUCUGAAACUUUUUUGAGAGAAAAAUUUGUCAAAUAUUUUCAAUACCAUAAAAUCUGACACCCAAAAUGUGGUAGUUUGAGAGAUAUAGCAUACUUUACUGCCUAAAUGUUUAUCAUACAAGUCUUGUAGAUUGUAAGUCGGUGAUAUAUAAUGAACAAACAUUUAUAUUGUGUGGGCUUUAUUUACAAAGAUGUUCAAAUAAAAUAUUGGUCAUUGUAUUAGUUUUCACAGGAAGCGAAAACAGAGGUCUAUAUGCUUUGUCCAGCGAUCUCAUAUAUGGACACGUUCUUGCAUUUAGACAUGUUCUUGCAUAAUAAAUCACUGAUAACUUGUUUAAGCCAUUGCCCUGCCUUUGGAAGGGAACUCGUGUGAAUGCAUAUAAGAAUGUUGAUGUCAAUAAAAAGAUAUUAAUUAAA